GAGGGAUGAGAAGGAAAAAAGCUCCGAAUGAGUCUUCAAGCUGUGAGGAACCCGGUACUUCCGUAGCCUAGACCUUACAAAGACUUACUUUUAGUGCUGGAGAAAAACACUUUAAUUAAAAACGGAUAAAAAAACAAAGGCUUUAAACAUAACUGUGUCCGUAUAGCGGAUAUUUUUUAGCAGCGAAACCACAAACAUCUCUUUGCUGAGGACCUUCAUCAUGAGUGUGCUUCCUCCUGUGCGCAAGGACCGCAUCAUUGCCGAUCUUCCAAAAUGCUUCACUAAAGGGGCUGCUUUACAUACAGAAAAUGAAUUUAACGCCAAGGUGAAGACAGCCUGUCAAGAGCAUAGGACUGGCACAGUGGGCAGGUUUAAAAUCUCUAAGGUUAUUGUAGUGGGAGACCUGGCAGUUGGGAAAACCUGUCUGAUUAAUAGAUUUUGUAAAGAUGUCUUUGAUAAAAAUUACAAAGCUACAAUUGGCGUGGACUUUGAGAUGGAGAGGUUUGAGGUGCUUGGAGUUCCGUUCAGUCUUCAGCUUUGGGACACUGCUGGUCAGGAGAGGUUCAAGUGCAUCGCUUCUACCUACUACAGAGGAGCUCAAGCUGUAAUCAUUGUUUUUGAUUUGAAUGAUGUGGCCUCCCUGCAGCAUACUAGGCAGUGGCUGCUCGAUGCUAUGAAAGAAAACGACCCCACCGGCGUUUUACUCUUCCUGGUGGGAACAAAGAAGGAUCUAAGCUCUCCGGCGCAGUAUUCUCUGAUCGAACAGGACGCCAUCAAAGUGGCCGAGGAGAUGAAAGCUGAGUACUGGGCUGUGUCUUCUUUGUCUGGGGAGAAUGUUCGAGAGUUUUUCUUCCGUGUGGCAUCCCUGACGUUUGAAGCUAACGUGCUGGCGGAGCUGGAAAAAAGCAACGCUAGGCGAAUUGGCGAUGUUGUCCAAAUCAGCAGCAAUACAAAUAACUUAAAGUACACAACUUCUAAAAAGAAGCAGCCGAGCUGCUGUCAGUGAGGGGGGUGAAGAAUUUUGCACCGAGCUAAACGACGGUACCAAAGCAAUCAGUACAGUUUGCACAACAGUAUGAGGGACUCAGUGUUAAACCAGUUCAGAUUAGGAAUGUGCAGUGAGUAUAAAGGAAACAUUCCUAUGCUGUUUAUUAUUUUAAUUUUUGUUAAACAUUUUUUAAAUGCACUAGAUGGCCAAAAGUAUAUGGACUCAUUCCAAAACUGUUGCCCAAGUAGCAAUAACAGCCCCUUGAUGUUCUGCAAAUGCUUUCCACAAGAUUCCCAUUUAGCACAGAUGUCAGAGAAAAGACUUGCUGGAGUUCCUGCACCCCAUGUCCUUAUGGAUCUGGCUUUGUCCGUAGGGGCAAAUUGUUGUUUAUAUAGGAAUAAAGUCAUUUCUUUUAUAUACUGAUCGUAUAUAUGUGUUAACAAUGAGUAUGACUGAAACACCUAAAUGUAAUAAUAAGUACUAAUACUUCCGGCCAUGCAGUGUACUGUGUUUUUUUCUUUACCUUGUUUUAUAUAAAUGAAUGAUGCUGGUACUUCAGAAAUGGUCAUUUAAAGACAGUACAUUUAAGUUUACAUGGAGCAGAUGUUAAGAUCAGUUUUGAAUAGCGAGUUGCACAGUAAUGCUAUAGACAUUGUAUUUUUAUCAGUUUUAAUAUUGCAAAUAAAAUAGUAUUACAUACUUCACAAUAAAAGUUUCUGUAUAGUAGAUUAGGAAUUGUUCUAUUGUAUAACACCGGUACGCUUAACAAUAGAUAGGUUAUACAUUGUAUAGUAUAUUUGUAUGUAAUGUUCUCAACCUGAGCUAAUAAAAUCAAU